GAAAAGAAUGUGCAUAUGAUCGCUUUAUAUGAAACCAGUAUUGAAGCGUCUUAAGUUAAGUUGACGUCGCUCGGAGUCAUAAGGGCGCGGUUGGCCAUGUGAUUGUUGCAUUUAGUUCAAUGGAAAAGAGACGGAAAGAUUGAUGAUGGAGGAAAAAUGACCAGAACACAUUUAUUUCCAUCGUUUGGUCCCUUUGUGAAAAAGGAGGGAAACUUUCUGUGUACCCUACCUCAAGUCGUGCUAAGCACACCUCUUGGGCAGUUAAAACGACGUCGUAUGCAGUAGCUCUCUCUCAAAAUUGAAAGUGCAGAGUGAAGAACCGCCACAAACUCUGAGAAAAAUGGCGGCAAAAACGAGGGUGGAGGAGCUGCGAACGGAGCUCAACCACCGUGGACUCUCCACCGCCGGAACCAAACCUACUCUGGUUCGUCGACUCGAAGCCGCUCUUCGCAAUGAAACUCCGAACUCGACGGCUGACGCCGGCGCUCGUCGCUCUGGUAGAAAGAGACCAAGGGAAUCCAACAACGAAGAAGCUUUGAUCAAUGUUGAUGAUACUAAAAACGAGGAGGCAAGGGAGGAGAAGGAAAAGGUAGUGACAGCAACCAAAAAGGGCGCGGCUGUUCUCGAUCAAUGGCUUCCGGAGCACCUGAAGGCACAGUAUCAUGUUCUACAACUGGGCGGGGAUAUCUAUGAUGCCAUGUUAAACCAGACAAAUGUUGGGGACAACAAUAACAAGUUCUAUGUGAUUCAAGCUCUUGAAGCUGAUAAUGGUGGUAACUUCCUUGUUUACAAUAGAUGGGGCAGGGUAGGUGUGAAGGGCCAAGACAAGUUACAUGGCCCCUACACAUCACGUGAAAGUGCUAUCCAGGAGUUUGAACAGAAGUUUUUAGCCAAGACCAAUAAUGCUUGGUCUGAUAGGAAAAACUUUGUUUGCCAUCCGAAGAGUUAUGCAUGGUUGGAGAUGGACUACAGUGGCAAGGAACCAGAAUCUACAGUUACAGAAACUCCCAGUCACAGUUUACAAAAGCAGCCUCUGGAAUCGAAACUUGAGCCACGUGUUGCAAAAUUUAUCUCUCUUAUUUGCAAUGUGAGCAUGAUGAAUCAGCAAAUGAUGGAAAUAGGUUACAAUGCAAACAAGUUGCCCCUUGGAAAACUUAGCAAAUCUACAAUUUUGAAGGGUUAUGGUGUUCUCAAACGACUUGCUGAUGUGAUUGAUAAGUCUGAUAGGAAAGUGUUGGAGCAAUUAAGUGGAGAAUUCUACACUGUAAUUCCUCAUGAUUUUGGAUUUAAAAAAAUGCGUGAGUUUGUAAUUGACACCCCCCUGAAGUUAAAACGCAAGUUGGAAAUGGUUGAAGCACUUGCUGAAAUUGAGGUUGCCACGAAGCUCUUGAAAGAUGAUGCAGAAAUGCAGGGAGAUCCCCUAUAUGCUCAUUAUCAGCGCCUUCACUGUGAAUUGGUACCAGUUGAGUUUGGUUGCGAAGAAUUCUCGACGAUUGAAAAGUACAUGAAGAACACUCACGCAGAAACACAUUCAAACUAUACUGUGGACAUUGUUCAAAUAUUCAGGACAUCAAGAAAAGGCGAGGCUGAACGGUUUAGGAAGUUUUCUAACACCAAAAAUAGGAUGCUUUUAUGGCAUGGUUCUCGGCUCACAAACUGGACUGGAAUUUUAUCUCAAGGUUUGCGCAUAGCUCCUCCUGAGGCUCCUGUAACUGGCUACAUGUUUGGGAAGGGCGUGUACUUUGCUGACAUGUUCUCAAAAAGCGCAAAUUAUUGCUAUGCUACGCGUACUGCUGCUGAUGGGGUGCUCCUUCUAUGUGAGGUCGCAUUGGGUGAGAUGGCGGAGCUUCUAUCUGCUAAAUAUGAUGCUGAUAUGUUGCCUAAAGGCAAACUGAGCACAAAAGGAGUAGGAGGUACUGCUCCUGAUUUUUCAGAAUCUCAGGAACUUGAGGGUGGGCUUAUAGUUCCCCUAGGAAAGCCAAAAACGAACUCAGGCUUAAUGGGAGCUCUAUUGUACAAUGAAUACAUUGUUUAUAACGUGGAGCAAGUUAAGAUGCGCUAUAUUGUUCAUGUAAAUUUCAAUUUUACCUGAAGGUAGUGGGCUGGUGUGUGACUACUCUGUUAAUUAUUUUAUAUGUUUCUUUCAUCACUAUCUUGUUUACCCAGCCAAUCAAUUGAUCAGUGUAAAGUAAUUUUGUUGAGAAAAAUGAGAAGGCUUGCACUUUGAUUAAGAAAAAAGGGCAAACCUAGUGCGGUAGGUAGUCUUGCCUUGCAUUCUUGCAAGGGGAGAAUGCAAGGGGGUGAUUACACAGCUCGAAUAUGUAACUGCAAGGUCACGUGGCUGCAGUCUUACUAUUGUUCCUAGGCUCACCCUAUCCCAUGAUUAAGAAAAAUGAAACAAAUAGGAAAUGGAAACUAGGAUGAGAUAAGUAAGGACUAAAUGCUCAAUUUCGUCCUGUAAGCGUUGGACACCUUAGUCUCUAGACAAAGAAAAUACAUCCCACUUCUUGCUUGUGUCAAA